GUAGACAAACCGAGAGUGCGCGCUGCAAUAUCGUGUUCGAUCGCGAUCGGGUUAUUCGGGCAGAACAAGUGGCAUCGCUCCACUUCAUGACGGCAGACCUUUGAGACAGUCGGAUCAGCGGGAAAGUUGUGUCGUGACCUGCUGUCAUCAUCACCGGCGAAGAUGUUGUUAUGUCUUCCACCGAAGGGACCCUCUGAUCGUACAGAAUGCCUCGGGAGUCUAGCGCCAUUUGACGAUGACUUCGAAUUCGAGCCCGUGGGACGGAUAUAUGAAUUGCAAUUCAAUAGUGCGGCGGCGACCGACGGAGCCAGCAGCGAAGAAGAGGAUGAUGCCAUCGAAGUCGUGGAGGAGACGCCAGAGGAGCUGAACUAUCUUAGGGGUUUAGAUCCGAAUAAUUGGAAGGAACAGGAUCAUUACCACGUGCUCGGAUUACAAGUAGCACGAUCGAGAGCGAGCGACAAAGAUAUAAAAGCCGCCUUCAGGAGAAAAGUGUUGAAACACCAUCCGGAUAAACGAUCGAGCAAGGGAGAGAAGAUCGAGAACGUUGACGGUGAUUACUUUUCCUGCAUAACCAGAGCUUACGAGCUCCUCAGUAAUCCCAAACAGAGGAGAGCCUUCGACUCCGUCGAUCCUUCUUUCGACGACAGCGUGCCGCCGGUGAGCGAGAAAUCGAGAGCCAACUUCUUCAAGGUUUUCGCUCCGGUAUUCGAGAGGAAUGCGACGUGGUCUGUCAAAGCACACGUGCCGUCGCUCGGGACUAUGGAUUCGAGUCAAGCAGAGGUUGAAAAAUUCUACAAUUUUUGGUAUAACUUCGAGUCAUGGCGAGAAUAUUCAUAUCUGGACGAGACAGAAAAAGAAAAAGGCGAGAACCGCUACGAGCGGCGCUAUAUCGAGAAGGAAAACAGACUGCAGAGGCAAAAACUCAAAAAGGAAGAGAUGAAACGAUUACGACAGCUAGUGGACAAUGCUCAAGAGUGCGAUCCGCGUAUAAAGAAGUUCAAGGAAGAAGCCAAGGCCAUGAAAGAGGAGGCCAAGAAGCGACGGCAUCAGGAGGCCUUCGCCAAGAAGCAGGCGGAGGAGCAGGAACGAGUUGCACGGGAAGAAGCAGAUCGCAAAGCUAAAGAAGAGAGAGAGAAAACUGAGCAGGCAGCUCGCGAAAAAGAGAAGAAAGCUCGUGAGCUUCUGAAGAGGGAACAGAAGAGACAGAAGAAAAUCAUCGAGAAACUAUGUGCAGAAGCAGGGAAUUUCGCAGAGCCGGGCUCAGCCGAUCUUGUCAAGAAUCUCGAAAACAUCGAUCAGAUAGGGAAGUUGCUCGAUCUCGAGGUUCUGACCGAAAUCGCGACCGAGCUCGCUAGCACAUCGGAUCGUAAGAAGGUUUUCGAGAAGGCAAUUCGGCUAGUACAGGAGAAAAUCGACGCAGAAAAAAUGAGCAUGUUGAGCAGAUCGAUGAAGGGAGUCUCCAUGAACGGCGAUAGUGCCUCCGCAUCUAACGCGGCUGCGGGCUCCAAGGAGUGGAGUCCGGAUGAAGUUCAGCUGCUUAUCAAGGCGGUGAACCUUUUCCCCGCUGGAACGACCGACCGCUGGGAGGUUGUCGCUACAUACAUCGGCCAGCAUUCGGAGAGCGGUAUCAAUAGGAGCGCGAAAGACGUUUUAGGCAAAGCGAAGAAUAUCCAGAAGGGAGGGUUCGGAGCCAAGCAAGAUGGUGGAAGUUGCACUGCGAAUCUGAAACCCGCUCAGACCGGUGAGGAGACGAUAGCUGGAAUCGAUCAAGAGAAGCUCAGCUCUUUCAGUGAGGUCUCCAGAGCCUGGACGAACGAAGAGCAGAAACUCUUGGAGCAGGCGCUGAAAACAUAUCCGGUCGCUCUAGGCACGGAGCGAUGGGAUAAAAUCGCAUCAGUUUUCCCGAACAGAACCAAGAAGGAGUGCAUCAAGCGCUACAAAGAAAUCGUCGAAACUGUGAAAGCCAAGAAAGCUGCAGUUGAAGCUGCGAAGAAGAAAAGCGCGAAAUAACUCCCUGCCCGCGUUGGAAACGAUUCACUGUUGACACAUCUGAUCUAGUUGUAUAAAUGUGAACGAGUUAAACGCUUACAAAGA